AUGAAUAUUUUAUUCCCCAUCUUAUCUGCCUCCCAAGUCAUUAAAUAUUGGCCAAAGUUCAAAGGGAGCUGCUUCGCCACGGCCUCGCUGCCAGCCCGGACCCCGCGCUGCCCCUCCGGCCGCCGCUCCGGCCGGACUCGGCUCCCGCUCCGCCGCUCGCCGCCGGGGAUGCGCCCCCGGUACCCCGGUACCCCGGUACCCGGUACCCCCAGAACCCCGGUACCCCCGGAACCCCCGGCACCCCCGCCCGGCCCGGCCCGGUCCGGGGCAGGCCCGGGGCAGCGGGCGGAGCGCGGCGGCUCCGCGGGGGCGGCGGGCCCGUUCCCGCACCUGGAUUUCCGCGCGGCCCCUCCCGGGCGGGGCGGGGCGGCCGCGGGGCCCGGGGGGUGCGGGGGGGUCCCGGCCCCGCCGGCCGGCAGGAGGCAGCGGGGAGCCCCGGCGAGGGGCGGGGGCGGCGCGGAUCCCCCCGGCUUCCACGCAGAGCCCCCCUCUCCCCGGGGCUUCCCGAGGCGGGGGCAGAGCCCGCGUUCUUUGUCCCCGCGUGUCCCCGCGUUCGUGGGUGUCCCGAGCGGCGGCGGGGCCGGCUCGGCCGGGGGCUCCAGCAGGGCGGGCGGCCGUGCCCUCCCCAUCCCCCAGGGCUCCGCUGGGGAGGGGAGCGGGACCCGCACCCGCAGGGAGCGCCGGCUCCCCGAGCCCUCCAUCCGCAGCGCCGGGGCACGGGCGGCCGGCGGCGGCUCCCCCUCCGCCGAGCGCGGAGCCCCCGAGCGCUGCCCCAGGCGGGGGACGGUGGCAGAGCUGUCCCCUGUGUCCCCAGCCCGAAGCGGGGGACGGUGGCAGAGCUGUCCCCUGUGUCCCCAGCCCGAGGCACGGCCGCCCCCAGCCCCGCGUCCCCGUCCCAUCUCCGCGCGAACAAAGAGCCGCGGCGCGUUGCGGGUUGCUGCGGGUUAUCCGGGCGCUGGGGAUGCCAGGGUGAGACAAGCGGCGGUGCGCUGGUUCUGGGCUCUCCCGAACGUCUCGACGAUCCUCUCAGAGCUGGCAGAGGUCGGGCUGGAAGGCAGCCGGAUUUCACGCGACCAGAGCGCUCGCUGGAAUCGCCUCUCGGGCUCGGAUACGGCGAAGCGGCUCGGCAGGGCGAGCCCGGAGCGGCCGCGCCGCCUGCCAGCAGGGAACGGGCCUGGAGCGCGUCCCGCCCGGGCGGGGAGGGAGCGCGGGCACGGCGCUGUCCCGCUCCUGCCCGCCGGGCCCCGCAGGCGGUGGGAGCCCCGCAGGCGGCUCUGCCACCGAGCUUCGGUGUCCCCGCUCGUUUCACCCGGCUGUGCGGGCUCCCUCCGCCGCGGAGAGACGGGGCCGCCGGUGUGCGCGCUAACAACGCGCCGCGGAGCGCCGGCCGCACGGACGCUCGGCAGUGAUGGCAAUAAUCCUCCUCGCAAGCCGCGUUUGUCCCCGAGGCUCGGCUCCCACCCGGGCUGCCCGCCGGCGAUCGCUCCAGUGCUGGAGCGCCGUGAGCACCUCCCGGAGCAAACCUCAAUGGUCCGGCAGCAGCGCUCGUUAUCCCGGAGCAGCUCGAAGAGUGUAUUUUCCUUCGCACCUCCCGCCGCUGAGCAGGGGGUGCCGAAAAUCCCGGGCACCCGGGUCCCCUCAGCCUCAGGACAGAGCCCGCCGCUGCAGCCGACGGCCGCUGCAGCAAGCUCAUCGCCGCACGCACGGAGGCAGCAGCAGGUCCCGGGUGUCCCGCAGGCCUCGCCCCACCGGCGGGGCACGGGGCAGGAGCCGGGGCGCCCUGGGCAGGGCGCGGCCGUGCAGCCACGCAGGAGCCGGGGCGCCGCGGGCAGGGCACGGCCGCUGGGCGCUCGCUCGGGGCGGGCCCCGCCGCAGCUGAGGCCGCCGCGCUGCGCUCCCCGCCGCGGGCCCCCUGCCCGGCACCACGCGGCGCCGCCGGCGCUGGUCGCGCACCCUCCCCCGGCGCACACGCACAAAACGACGGCCGGCGGCGGCGCCGAGCCCAAAAGGGAAACCCGUCCCUGGUGCUUCGAGACCGCCCCCGCCGCGUCCCCGCCGCUUCCUCGGCCCCGCUCCGGCCACCGGCGGCCGCCGCGCACCCACCGAGACCGGGAUCCUGAACCGCGAGCCUCGCGACACGCCAAAAACCACUGA